AUAUCAGCGAGGUUUUGAAGUGACGCCUAAUCUCUAUAGCGACCGGGUUAUUUUAAGAACCAGCUGGUUAGAAGAUUCCACGCAUGGAAAAACCCCUAAGUCGGUAAAAAAAAAUUGAAACAGCGUGGUAGUGACUGAAAAGAUUGAAAUGAGUGACUUUAAUUUUCGUGUUGCUGUUCCUGGAGAUGAGGAUAAUAUCCUGACCUUCAUUCGGAAACACUAUUACCCAGAAGAAGCCCUAACAGUUGGUAUUCUGCCUAAAGAACCGACAAAGCCCGAUGAGGAGUUCUCUGUGUCCUGCGUUCCAACGGGUUUGAGUGUUGUGGCUGAAGAUGCCAAUGGGAAACUCGUAGGAGUGCUUCUGUGUCACGAAGUGGACAAUAGCACACUUCCUGAACGAAAAAUAAAAACAUCCAAAGUGGAGGACACCAAAUGGAGGACAAUUUUGACUUUGCUGCAUCAUUUGGAAGAGCAAUCAUCCAUCUGCAACCGCUUGGAUGUGCCUAAAGGUGUUCAGUUCAGUGUUCUUGGCGUGGAUUGUGCGCACCGAGGAAAAUCCAUCGGAUUGCGUCUGAUGCAGAAGAGUUCAGAGAAUGCACGUGAAUUGGGAUAUGGAGCUGUUGGAGCUGUUUGUACCAGUAUCUAUUCAUCGAGAAUAGCUGAGAAAUUGGGAAUGACUUGUGUCUUCUCCAUGCCUUAUGCCGAGUGGAAGAACAACGACGGACAAGCAAUCUUUAAUCCUCCCGCUCCCCACGAUCAAGCAAGGUGUUACAUGAAAAAGCUGGAGAGCUUAGGAGUUUAGAUUUUAUUAAUCCAGUCGGUGAAAAUGUGAAAGAUUGCUUUUUAUACAGAAAACGGAUUAAAAAUUUGAUGACUUCAA